AUGGAUAUUUCCGCCGCCAACAGUGAGCCGCAAAGGACGGGGAAGCUCCGAAAGCGCGCGCUCAAAAUCAACAGGACCUGCGCGCCCUGCCGAGCACGCAAGAUCAAGUGCGAUGCGGCCAUGGUCGGCCUCCCCUGUGGUAGCUGUUCCGCCAGGCAGUGUAUCGAUGACUGUGUACUGCCGACCCGCAAGACCCGGACCAAGUUAGUUACUACAGGCAUCCCGGCUGCCUCCAACAGUAAUCCUUCAGAUGAGCUCUAUCAAUCUAAUCAAUCACAACACCCCUCCAAUGCCGAUUCCCUCGACUGUGAAAGCCCGCAUCAGACUGAGCCAGAUCUGCUCUACAUCAACAUUCUAAACGACGCCGUAAAAGCAUCUGCGACAUCAAGCCCACUUCAUCCCGCAUCCGACACUCCGUACCGCUCAGAGCUCGAACCCAGUCUUACUCCUCGCAACUGUUGUUGGGCCAAGUUACCCCAAUUAGAUGACAUUGACAAUGAAUACCUUGCCAAAAAAGGGGUCUUUGAUCUACCUCCCCGACAUCACUUAGAUGCCCUCAUGAAGGCAUACUUUGACUACGUCCACCCUUUUCUUCCUGUAAUAAACAGAGCCGAGUUUAUUCGCGGCUAUGAGUCCGGGGAUUGCUCUUUGUUCCUGCUCCGUGUUAUGCUGACAACAGCAAGCCUCCACGUGCCGGUAGAUGUGCUCUCCGCCUGUGGCUUUUCCAGCCGCUCAGCUGCGCAAGAAUCGUUCUUUGCCAAGGCUAACCUGCUCCAUGACCUUGUCGCUGACGAUGACCCGUUGGUGAUGUUACAGGGGUCCAUCAUCUUAUGCACGGUGAUUCUUGACCACCCCACGAGCCGGGACUUUGGCUACUGGUUCCACAACGCCAUCAAUCUUGCCACCAAGCUUGACCUACGCAACACGUGUGUUCGAGAAAAUAAACCUCGCCAAGUCUUGAAGCUAUACCGAAGGAUGUGGUGGGCUCUCUACUGUUUGGAUGUUUUUCAUGUUUUUGCAAAUACCGGGCGCUUUAGACUGGUCGGAAAUACCUCUGCAAUCAGGCCUAGGACGGAAGAUGACUGGGAAGCAGAUGACCUCUCAGCAGCAUCGUCCGGCGGCAUAUUAUCUACCGUCACUCCCCAGCAAAAGGCUUUACCCAUUGCCCAUUGCGAGUUAUCUCUAAUAUUCGGGCAGUACUUGUCCGAUGUGACGAGCAAGCCACAGCAAGAUCCUCGCCAAAUGAUGCACUCACUCGACGCGUGGCGAAAAUCCCUCCCUGCCAAGAUGCAUGUCAACGAGGAUACUGGAACUGAUGUCUGCUAUCUGAAUAUACAAGCCAUGAGCUACAGGUUUGAGUGCGUCUUGUAUCGUCUUAUGCGACGUGUUUGGAAGCAAACCGAGCAUCCGGAUUGGAGUAAAUGGAUCAAAACACGGUUACGGUCAGCCAUCCUGGAGCUGGACACGAUUGCGAUGAGGGUGUUCAGUAGUGGCACCCUUUGGGAGUUCCCCAUGUCUUUUAUCACUACGAUAGCCGCUCUUCUCGCUCUACAUAUAGAAUCAGCUCUCGACCUAACCGAAACAGACCUCAUUCGUUCCAUGGCUCGGAUAUCCAUCAAUCAGAUAAUGAUUAUCCUCAGCCACGGAAAGGAAAUACCUGCACUAAAAAGAGCACUUCCAGUAUUUGAAGAUGUUCUCGCAAGGAAAAACCUGUCCUUAGUUCCGCUCAACACCCCGCGUCAAAUACCGAUACAGUCGCAGUCGCAAGACAACACCAUCGAUGCUUACACUUCGCCGCCCGCACAGACGAGCACAGACUCGUCUCAAGUAGAGCCGCUCGUGAAUAUUCCGUCGCCCAAUGUGGAUUUUCUAGGGUUUGAUUUCUUGGAUGAGUGGCAAAUUGGUGAGCUGGAGUUCACUGAUCGAUAUUGA